ACGACUCAGAAGAUGAUCAGAAAUCAGAAAAGAAAAACAGUCAACAGUCGCGCUAGAGGUCCGAAGGUUUUGUGUCGAUGUGCGUUUAAUGUGACUGAAACGAAUUUAAAUAAUCUCGAAUUUAAUCGUGCCAAAGGAAAUCUCGAAGAUGGGUUGUUAUUCCUGUAUGAAAUUUCUCUUCAUUUUCUUAAAUGUGAUAUUUCUGUUAUUUGGAAUCGCUGGUGUAGGUGUGAUCGUUUGGAUUCUCCUGGACCCUUCUGUACCACUUCACUUUACGCAACAACAGAAUGAUUUCAUGAUCGCUACUGUAAUCUACUUGAUAGUAGCCCUCCUGCUUGUACUCCUUUCCGUUUUAGGCAUUUACAGUGUCUCGAAGGAAAUUCGCUGGGCUCUUGUUGUGUCAUUCUCCUUGCUGCUGAUCGUUAUAGUCGUGGAAGUAGCUUCUGGUGUGUGGAUCUAUAUCAAUCGUCAGAAUUUGGAUGAAUUUACUCACGCCCACGUAAAACGUACCGUUCAAGAAAUAUACGAUACCGACAAGAAUAUCAGGGAAAUGUUUGAUACCAUUCAAUCUAAGAUGUAUUGUUGUGGCGCUGAUAACCCUGCCGACUGGGUGCGCAACAAGGAGAUCAACAUGGGCAUCACCACCAAGCUGACCAAAUUCAACAUACCGACCAGCUGUUGCCGCGAAAACAUUGCCGAAUCCACUUGCCUCGCCGCCACUCAGAACAUAAAAAUAGGCAACGACCUCGAUUUCGGAGUGAUCUACGAAAAAGGCUGCUACGUCCUGAUCAAAGAGAAUAUCCUGAACAGCCUCACCGUUAUUUUCUGCGUUUUCGGAGCCAUUUUGGGCGUAAAAGUCUUUGGGCUUUUCAUCGGCUUGAUUUUGGCCUUUUCAAUGAACAGAAACAAUCGAUACAAGGCUUAAAAGUCGCAUUUACAGCGUCAUUUAAGGUUUUUAUUUUCAAUCAGUAACGUUCUCGCUCAAUAUUAGUUUUUCUGAGUUUUCAGCCUAAUAGAUUUAAUACCCAACCCUGCCUAUUAGGCUGGUUUUAUACUUUAAUAUUUUUCGUUUCUGUUUUAAGUCAUACUAGUACUAGAUUCGCCUUUUCAGUUUUGUUAAAAGCUUUUAUUUCAGUCAGUAAUUUUUCUUUAUUCAAUAUUAUUUCUUUGCAGUUCAGCCUAAUAGAUUAAAUGCCUAACUGGGUUUAUUAGGGCGGUUUUAUACUUUAAAAUGUUUUACUGCCUGUUUUAAAUCAUACUAUUACUAGGUUGGCAUUUUUAGUCUCAUGAAAAGCCUUUUUUUCAAUCAGUAAUGUUAUCUCGAUCAAUGUUAUCUUUUCACGGUUUAGCUUAAUAAAUGUAAUACCUAACCAGGGUUAUUAGGAUGGUUUUACACUUUAAAAUGUUUUUGUGUCAGUUUUCAGUCAUACUAGACUAGAUUUGCAUUUUUUACAUUGAUUAAAGGCUUUUUUCAUUCAGCAAUGUUCUCUCGCUCAAUAUUCUUCAGUUUUCAGCCUAAUAGAUUUAAUACCGAACCCUGCCUGUUAGGCUGGAUUUAUACUUUAAUAUUUUUUGUGUCAGUUUUAAGUCAUAUAUUAUAAUACUAGAUUCUAGAUAAGUACUAGAUUCGCCUUUUCAAGAUAAUUUUUACAAUCAAUAAUGUUCUGUCACUCAAUAUUAUAUCUUCACAGUUCCGCCUAAUAAAUUUAAUACCUAACUAGGUUUAUUAGGAUGGUUUUUGUGUCAGUUUUUAAACUAUACAUACGCAUACAUUACAUAUUACUAGAUUAGGAUUUUCAAUUUCAUUAAAAGCUUUUUUUCAAUCAGUAAUGUUCUCUCGCUCAAUAUUAGUUCUACAAAUUUCAGCCUAAUAGUAAUAAUAUCUAUUUAGCUCUAUAUAGGCUUUGAUACUUUAUUUUAUAUUUUAUCGUGCCAGUUUUACUUCGUACAAGUACUUAGAAAUCUCAGUUCGCUGAUACUCAAAAGUUGCUCUCUAUAAAUGUACCUUAAUUCGUACAAAUCAAGCAAAUAAGUACCUUUAAAUGCUUUUCCUGCAUCACCAUAUUUAUUUUUCUAAUUAAUGAAUGCCACUGUUAAUGUGUAAAUAUAUUUGUUUAGAUAAGUAAAACAUUCAAUAGAUUAUCCUCAUGCUUAGGUACUUGAUGUGUCCAAAUUUUUGAAUCUUAUAUAUUUAGGGUUUCUCUGUCUAUGUGCCAUACUGUUAUUAGAUGCUAAUAUUAUAUUUCGUUCUCCUUUAGACUGAUUAUUUUGUAAUAAUAUAAAAGGAGAAAGGUCGAUAGAUGGCUUUGUAUUGUUAUGUAGGUAUUUAAACUUCAUUUGGUUUAUAACAAAUGUUCUAUUCGCGUGUAGAGUACCAUUUUAUGCUGUGUUCUCUUAAUUUAACGUAUUUAUUUAAGCAUCUCAUGCUCGUGUAACGUCUUUUUUCCUACUAAUACUAAGUAAGUCUGUCUACUUAAAGCCAAAAAAUAUGUAGUUUACGCACAUACUCAUGUCGUUUAACACGUACCUAUUUAGUUCUUAGAUUAAAUAUAUUAAGGAAAGUGUUGAUUAUUUAAUAUAUUUUAAGCGUUUUUUAAUGUCGUUCGUAGCUUACAAGUUAAAAAGAAAUAGAAAAUUCUUUGUUGUGCAAAUAAAAACCCAAUGUAAUAUGCAUGAAUGUAUAUGCCAAACUAAACAAUUUACAAAAAAAAUAUAUGUAUAUUUAACCUUAUAUUUUAUAUAUAAGUUAUAUAUUUUAUGAGAUAUUUACGUCUAUAGAUAUCACUUAAAAAUCAUAUAUGUAUUUAAAAUACGUUACCGAAAUACCGUAGAUUCAAAAAGUUUUAUAAUCAGACGGUUUUUUUUCAGUAUAUAAAGCACGUCUGUUUAAAAACCUUUUCGAUCACAUUGUAUAUCUGUUUAAUCUAUAUUAAACUAUAUCAGAAACUGCUGUUUUCGUGGUGGUUGUGAUACAAAUUAAGAAAAAAAUACUGGAGAAUCAAUCAAAAAUUGAAAGUUGGGAAGAGAUGGUACUAUUUUUUUAUCGAUUCUUUAAAAUUUAAUAAUGUAAGGUGUAUAAUCUCAAUAAAGUUAUGUGUCCACGUAGUA